UACGCUUUGACGUGGAGUGUAUGACGAACGGGGAAAUAAAAGUAAACAACGCCUAGGAUAACGAAAAUGGUUUUCGUCAGUCCCCCAAGCUUAGACGGAACCUGUGAUUUUUCUGAGGCUUUGUUGAUCAUGUAUGAAGGCUUUGUUUUCCGAUAAGGACAGAGGCAGGCUGAAAACUGAUUUAGCUAUGUUAGCCAUCAGAUCGUCAGAGGAGGAGUCCACUGAGAUUGAGGAGAUGGACACCUCAGAGCCCAACUGGUGCUGGUUCUACUUGGCUGAGUGUGGAGUGUGGCAUAUGUUUGAGAUUGAUCCCAGUGCAGCCUGCUCUGUGACCAGCGCUCAGAUUGAGCAGUGCUACAACAGGAACCAGCGUGGUGUGAUGGAGUUUUACACAGCCAAGUACACAUACAGACUGGACUUCUCAGUUAUGCGACAGAUAAAUGUAACAACAGGAAAGCAACGGCCGAUCAAACGCUCCCUCCACUCUGCAACUGGAUUUAGGUUUAUUUGUGAUAAUCUCGCUUUGCCUGUUCCCUGUCACUGGGAGAGAAUAAACACAGAUGAGCCCUAUCAGCUCAUCCAGCUUGGCAGAGACACAUAUGAAUUUAAAGAAGUAGCCAGACUGUAUGAAAGAACAAUGGAUCAUCCAAUUAAAUCCAUCCAGAGGAUCCAGAACCUGGAUUUAUGGGAGUUCUUCUGCAGAAAACACAGUUGCGAAAAGUCAAGCGAACACUGGAUAUUGAGGAGCGAAUGCUGUUUCAUGGCACGGGACACAGCAAUAUACAAGCUAUAUGUACAUUUAACUUUGACUGGCGGCUCACAGGAAGCCAUGGCGAUGUCUAUGGCAAAGGGAGCUACUUUGCCCGCGAUGCCAAAUACUCCAGUAAAUUCUGUCACACCACAGGGAAACACAACACCACCUUACAGAGACAUGGACUCGCACCACCGAUAUUUGCGAGUGAGCCGCCCUAUAAGACCAUGUUCCUGGCCAGAGUGCUUGUUGGAGAAUACACAGUUGGUCAUCCAAUGUACUGCAGACCACCCUCUAAGGAUGCCAGUUUCACCAACUUCUAUGACAGUUGUGUGGAUGAUAUGGCCACUCCAAAGAUCUAUGUCAUUUUUGACAGUAAUCAGAUUUAUCCAGAGUAUCUGAUUGAGUUCUACUGAUGCCUAAGAAAAUGAUACCAACUUUUUUUAAUAAAGGCUGGAAAAGCUAGGAUAUGAAAUUAGAUGACAGGAUAAUUCAUUUCCAUGGCUGAAUGGAGCAUAGGUCAUCUAAGUGCCUUUGAAGAAGUUUGGAAAGACAGUAAGGACUGUGUCAAAUUGUAUACUGUACAGCAUACAUAAUUAGACCCAGAAGUUAGAACGUUUCCAUAACUUAAAAAAUGCUAACCGAAGACGGUCUUUGUGCUGUUUUUAUCUUUAAUCCUGAGUCUAUGCUUGCUUACUGAAUAUGUGUGCACAUUUGCUUAGAUAAAAUAAGAGUGGUGCUUGCAGCCUGUAGAUCAUAGGCAAUAUCCGACCACCGGCUCCAUCACUCCCUCUACUUCCACAGUGCCAUACAUAUGCUUCUUUAUAAAUCCAAGAACAUGCUCUGCUCACUCAUUUUGCACCAUGUUCUGAAAAUCUGUGUCUAGUAGUACCAUGUAUUAUAUAAGCAUGGAUUUUUGUUCAUGUUUUUGUCAUAAAAACGCUCCUACCUCUGCAUUUUUUUUAUCUUGCACUUUUCCGCCCUUUCCAUGAAAGGGUUUGUAAUUGUGUCAUAUUGACAUAAACAUGUAAAAUGUGUGAUGUCGUCCCUGAGCAAUUCGUUUCUGUGCAUCUUUUCUGACCGCUGAGUUUCAUUGGGGUUUUCAACCAAGUUUGUCUGUCCAUCCGUUUUCUAAAUUAUUUUGGGUCUGUCACGUUCAUAACAGAGAAGCAAUCAAUCAUUCACACUCACAUCCACAUGUAUGGCCAAACUAGGAUCACAAAUUAGCCUAAGAUAUAAUACAUUGCCAAAAGUAUUCACCUAGCAGUGCAGAUAUUGAAUUAAGGCGUUCCAAUCACUUUCAUGGCCACAGGUGUGAAAAUCCAGCAACUAGGCGUGCAGGCUGCUUCUAUAAACAUUUGUGAAAGAAUGGGUCAAUCUCAGGAGAUCAGUGAAUUCCAGUGUGGUACUGUGAUAGGAUGCCACGUUUGCAACAUGUCCAGUCAUGAAACUUACUCAUUCCCAAAUAUUCCAUAGUCAACUGUUAUUGGUAACAAAAUGGCAGCAAUUGGUAACGACAGCAACUUAGCCACAAAGUCUUAGGCCACAUAAAAUCCCACAGCAGAUUUAGCCGAUGCUGAGGCGCAUAGUGCUUAGAGGUUGUCAACUUUCUGCAGAGUUGAUCACCACAGACCUCCAAACUUCAUGGCCUUCAGAUUGGCUCAGAAACUGAGCAUAGAGAGCUUCGUGGAAUGGAUUUCCAUGGCCGAGCUGCUGCAGCCAAACCUUACUUUACCAAGUGCAAUGCAAAGUGUUAGAUGAUGUGGUGUAAAGCACACCACCACUGGACUCCAGAGCAGUGGAGAUGAGUUCUCUGUUUUGACAAAGUUUGUAAAGUGUAAAGUUUUUUUGAGGAGGGAUGAGGCUGUGGGGUUGUUUUUCAGGAGUUGGUUCGGCCCCUUAGUUCCAGUGAAGGGAACUCUUAAUGCUUCAGCAUACCAAGACAUUUUGAACAAUGACAUGCUCCCAACUUUGUGUGAACAGUUAGGGGAUGGCCCCUUCCUGUUCCAUAAUGACUGUGCACAAAGCAAGGUCCAUAAAGACAUAGAUGAGAGAGUGUGGUGUAGAAGAAUGUGACUGGCCUGCACUGAGUCCUGACCUCAGCCUGAUAGAACACCUUUGGAAUGAAUUAGAGCAGAGACUGUGAGCCAGGCCUUCCCGCCACUUCCUUGCCACAAAGGCACAGGGACCCCCCAGGCAGGAUAAACCCUAUUGCUGUGAGGUGAUACCACUGCAUCACCGUGUUGCCUCCAAUGAAGUUAAUUUUUAAAAUUGUAACAAUUCAACAUUGAAUUUAAUUUCCAAGUCAUCUGGGUUUGAUGUUAAAACCUGAAUAAUGCAGGUUUAUUUUUGCACUUUGUGUAAUUUAAAAAAAAAAUGUGCUCAGCACACUUGUUGUACUGUAAUGUAAAAUUACUUUUCAGUGUGCAUUUGUUCAAUUAGUUGUAUGACCAUGUCUGUAUGUGUUUCGACCUGCACAAGGUGAUGCCACAAGGUGGUGCACUUGUGGUACUUUGAGUUUAUUUAUAUUAAAUGUAUGGGGGAAAAAACAUCUCACAGCUAUGAGUGUGUUAAGCUAUACUUGUCUGUAAUUUGCAUGUCACAAUUAAUAAACUUUUCAAUUUAAACAUAAAA